CCCCUUUCAGCGAUGAGUGAGUGGCUGAGAAGCCUACACAACCCACCCUUCACCCCUGCACUUGUCUCUUUUGUGUAAGUACUCUCUCUCUCUCUCUCUCUCUCUCUAGUAAUUUUCCCCUUCCUUUUCCAAUGCCCUGAGCAUUUCCUUUUCUUCCUUCAAGUCCCUAUUUCCCCUCCUCCUCUCCCUUGGCAAGUUUUUUAUUAAUAUUUUUUGGUGGGGAAAGAUAAAGGUUGACUCACCGCGGCUGCUGUUACAAAUUACAAUACUAGGAGAUCUUUUAGCCAACACCCCCAUUAUCCAUUGUUUGAUUUCUGAGCUUUCUUCAGUAGGAAGACUUAACUGAGAGAGGGCAGAAGGAGAGAAUCAAUGGGGAAUUAAAUGGUUUUGUGGGCUUUUAACUGGAAGGACACAUUGUUGGGACUUGGCCAAAUUGGAGAAAGACAAAGAAGCUUAGAGGAUUCAGCCAUUUGGGGGACAGUUCAGUGGACUGGCUUAAGAAUUCUAUAGCCUCUUUGAUGGACUCGUCAUCGUCUGGACCAUCAAAAAGGGCCCGAGCGCCGGUGAGUGGAAACCAGACUGUUUCGUGCUUGGUUGAUGGCUGCAAAUCGGAUCUUAGUAAGUGCAGGGACUAUCACAGGCGCCACAAAGUCUGUGAAGUCCACUCUAAGACCCCUAAGGUUUCAAUUCGAGGCCAAGAGCAACGGUUCUGCCAGCAGUGUAGCAGGUUUCAUUCAUUGGAGGAGUUUGACGAGGGAAAGCGAAGUUGCAGGAAACGUCUUGACGGACACAAUCGGCGUCGAAGGAAGCCUCAGCCUGAAUCCUUGUCCAUAAGUUCCAUGCGGUUUCUUUCCACUCAUCAAGGUACCCAAUAUUUGACAUUUGGAAGCACUUCACAAAUGUUGCCUACCGAUGCUGUUGUGGGUAGCUCUACAUGGGGCGGUAGUGUGAAAACCGAGGACGAUACCGUGGUUUACAACUGCCACUCUCAGUUAAACUUCAUUGGCAGGCAAAGCUCAUUCAGUAGUGGAUCUCUCCCUCACACUUACAAAGGAGGAAAAGAGUUUAUGUUCCUGCGAGGCACAGACCACACCCUGCCUGAUCAAGCUUCUGUAUGUCAGCCAUUUCUCGAUCCCAACCCCGCCUCAGAAAAUGGCAGUGGCAGCAGCCAUGUGCUAAACCGAGCCAUAGACUCUGAUUGUGCUCACUCUCUUCUGUCAUCACCGCUUGUCAAGGCCCGGGAUGAGGUUGGUUUGAGCAGAAUGGUGCACCAUGACCACCCAAUCCCCCCGGACCACCUUCAAUACAACGGUCUAGGCCAGUUACCAUACUCCCAAGAACGGUCCAUGUUGGCUCCUGUGGCCAACCUCAGCUGUGAAGAAAUGUUUCAGAUUGGGUCUGAGGGGGAUUCCUCUGCAAAUGGGCCUCAUCAAAUGCUUUCUUUCUCUUGGGAUUAGCUAGCUUGUGCAAGUUCCAGUUCUGGUUUUGUGUAAGUGGGUGCCUUCCAAUCUGUCAUAGCUUUGUACUUCUAUGGAAAGGAAGAAUUUUUGAAGUUGGAUCGGUUUCAGGUACUAUGUUCUUGAGAAAUUCACUUCUCCAGAGCAAUGUGAAUGCCUUGAAGAAUUUUUGGCAAGUAAAUGAAGAUGCAUCUGCACACUGCUACUUCUUGUGCGUAAUAUAAGCGAGUUUUAUGCUUCUGAUAUCUCAAAGCUGGGGGGGGGGGGUGGUGUGGUGGGGAGUGGGAGAGUUUGGAUUUGGAUUUUGUGUGAACUUUCAGUAUGUAUAGCAUUGUGUUUUGUUAAAUUUGUAUGACUAACUUCAAAUUUAAGUUGAGUUUUAUGCUCUGAAUUGCAACGUGUGUGUAUGCCUCGAAGAAUAAUUUUGGCUACUAUUGAAAGAG